UAAAAAAAAUUAAAAAAAACCCCAUCUCUACUCCUCUAUUAAUAUGCCUAGCUAUCUCAGCUGAAAAUCAAAACCAUUCUAUCUAUCCCUGAAGGGAAACUUACAAUCCAUACAAAGUCAGAGAGAGCAAAAGGAAAGAAAAGGAGUACUCUUUAUGAGAGUUGAAACGAAAAAAUAACAAACAGGAUUUGCUUUGAUCAUUGAUUCUUCUUCCUUCUCAUCAUCAUCAUGUGUAACCAAGCCACCAACGCUACCCUCCCAACAGUUUCUACUUCAACUGAGAAAUCAUCUCAAACCCAUCUCUAUUACCAUCUUAUACCACUACUCAACUCCAUUAAAAACCCGGAAAAGCGGCAUCAAGUAUACCCUUCGAUAUCAGAGAUCAUAACAGAAGCUAAAUCACUCUUCAAUCUAGCCUUCCCCAUAGCCCUAACUGGUCUCAUUCUCUAUUCUCGUUCCAUCUUUUCCAUGCUCUUUCUUGGCCAUCUCGGCGAUAUCCAACUUGCCGCUGGUUCAUUGGCUAUAGCCUUUGCUAAUAUCACAGGCUACUCAGUUCUCUCUGGUCUUGCCUUAGGUAUGGAACCACUCUGUUCCCAAGCCUUUGGUGCUCAAAGACCUAAGCUUUUGUCUUUAACCCUUCACCGCUACGUUAUUUUCCUCUUAUUCACUUCCGUAUUAAUUUCUUUUCUUUGGAUAAACAUGUUCAACAUUUUGAUUUAUCUUCAUCAAGAUCCUAAUAUCACCCGCAUCGGCCACACGUACUUACUCUUUUCCCUCCCUGACCUCUUCACCAACUCUUUCAUUCACCCAAUCCGCAUUUACCUUCGAGCUCAAGGCAUUAUCCACCCGCUCACUUUGGCAACCCUCAUCGCCACCGUUCUCCAUUUACCCAUCAACUUCUUACUCGUCUCCCAUUUCAACUUCGGCGUUGCUGGCGUAGCCGUCUCCGCUGCCAUCUCCAACUUCUUCGUUCUCGUCUCCUUGGUUGCUUAUAUUUGGGCCUCCGGCCUACACGAGCCUACGUGGGAAAAGCCCAGUUUGGAAUGUUUAACCGGCUGGAAACCGCUGCUCAAGCUAGCCGCGCCGAGCUGCGUUUCGGUUUGUUUGGAGUGGUGGUGGUACGAGAUCAUGAUCGUUUUGUGCGGGCUUUUGGGGAACCCAAGGGCAACGGUCGCUUCCAUGGGGAUAUUGAUCCAAACGACGUCGUUGAUAUACGUGUUCCCUUCUUCACUGGGUUUUGCAGUUUCAACUCGCGUUGGUAACGAACUAGGUGCAAACCGUCCUUAUAAAGCGAGAUUAUCCGCUAUGGUGGCGAUGUUCGUAUCAGCCAUAAUGGGCCUAUCAGCUUCAACGUUUGCGUCAGGGAUGAGGAAUAAGUGGGCCCCAAUGUUCACUUCUGACUCCGAGAUCUUGCGGCUGACAUCCAAUGCUCUUCCCAUCCUAGGGCUAUGCGAGCUUGGGAACUGCCCGCAAACGGUGGGAUGUGGGGUCCUCAGAGGGAGUGCACGUCCUACCACCGCAGCUAAUGUGAACCUCGGUGCAUUCUACCUGGUGGGCAUGCCCGUGGCGAUUGGUCUCGGGUUCUACCUUAGAUUCGGGUUUCCUGGACUUUGGUUGGGCCUACUUUCGGCCCAGGUAUGCUGCGCUGGGCUUAUGCUGUAUGUGGUGGGGUCCACUGACUGGGACCUACAAGCUAAGAGGGCCCAGAUGCUGACGUGUGUUGAUACAUUGCUACCCGAUGAUUGUGAUAAUAAUAAGGGUGAGGAAGAACAGCCGUUGACUCGUAUUAUGGUGACGUCGGCUGCUUGA